AUGGCCGCCAAGCCGCGCCAGGCGCCUCGAAGAUCAUUAAAACAAUCCCUCAAGGAUGUCUUUUUGCGUCGAAUGCGAAAGUCACCAAGUCCUCCCGACACCAUCGGAUCGGGCAUCCUGCGUAGAGCAGAUCCUUCAAGUUUUGUCGUUUCAUCCGUCACAACCUUUACUUCAUUCUCCGACCUGACCAACAGCCAAGCCAGUUUGGACCAGUGGACCAUUUCUCGAUCUAUACCAAAUCGAUUUCAGUCGCCUCCUCCCAACGUGGCCUCACCAAGCCGAGCUCGUCAGACUCUUCUUCCAGCGACGAGUUUGAGUCAAUUCGAUCUUCAUCACGCGUAUCUGCAACAAUCAACAGUUCCAUGCGGGUAUGCACAACAAGCAGUGCCGCCAAACUGCGCAACUCUGACCAGUCGACAAGGGAGCAUAUCGACUCUAUCAUCAUUCCAAAGCACAUCCACCUUGAGACUGAGAGACUCUCACCAGCAUCUCGUCGAGCAGCGUCGACCAAUAUCGGGGCUUGCCCCCUCACAGCCUGUUAUAGGGAAUCAACAAAUUCGGAAGAAGCAGGUGUCAUGGCUGCAAUCUCCAUCCAUCAGUUCUGCAUCCAUGUCGGAAACUCACAGCUGGCGGAGCAGCGAGAGUGUGUCCGGAGACAUGCCCUUGGUCGAACACUUCAGGUCUUUUUGUGUGCUUGACACAGCUGCUCCAGGUUUCCCUGUGGUGGCUACGUCUCAAGAGCUCAGAUAUAUCUUUGAGAUUGGCGAGCACUUCUUCCUCAAUAGUUGCGAAUGUGAAGGAGCUUCGAUGGACAUUGUGACUGGCCAGGACGCAGCGGGGGAUCCUGUCACUCACCUUGUACUCUUCAGCCCACUGGUUAUUCCAAGCAGUGGUCGCUGCAGGUUUAUGCUUGCAAGCUUGGUCGAUGUCACCCGGUUCAUCUCCGGGGCUGCGUCGUUGCCAGAAUUAGACAAAUCCCCGGAAAGUUCUCUCAUGGAAAGUGAUCUGCAGACCCCAGUGCAGGAUCGCUUAGAGCCUAGCUGGGUUGCAUCGACUCCCCAGCUGUCAGCAGAGGACCUUUUAGGUGGUUGCGUCCUACCAGGAGACAGAGGAACUGGAUCACUAGGCAUCGCACAUCGAGAAGAUAUCUGGCUGAACCUUGCGCAUGAGGAGAAGAGUAGAUCAUCCACCCGCAGCAGCACUCCUCGGUCGACACCGAAAAGCCAUGCGCGGACAAAGUCGUCGAAGUCGACACCUUCAUCUAGCAACAGCAGCACUGUGGACGAGGUUUUGGAGGAGUUUAUGGGCAAUUUGCAAGAGUUAUACUCCGACUGCUUCUUGCUCGGUAAAUCUCCUCUCGAUGACACAUACUAUGAGAUUUGCAACGUGUCGCCCACGGUGCACGCCGCGAAGGAUUAUGUCAAUGGACAUCUUUCGCACACGGGACAGGAAGCUAUUGUGGAAAUGAGUGAACGCCUUGCGCAGGGCCAGCGCUUCUCAAUGAAGGUAAAAUGGGGUAACCAAGGCCUUGGGAAACAUAUGUACUGCAGCCCACUCUACGGGCAGAACUCUACCACGUGGAUAUGUUUCCUAGUCGACGAUAACAUGCCACCAUUGUGGUGA